AUUUGAUUCCAAACGAUCUUUCAAGAGAUGCGGUUGUAAUAAAAGAUCAGUACAGUUGAAGUUUCAGAAAUGCAGCAGCUUUUAUGGAUGUUGGCGGUUAGUUGAAGAAACCACUUGUUUGAUGUGCGAAAACGUGCUUCCGCCGAAGUUCCACGUUUUCUUGUGGCAUUUUUCCACCAGUGAUCAUAACUGUACUGGUCGCAUCCUGAGUGCGCAGCGCGAUUGCCAAUCAUGUCGGAUGCAUCCUCCGCGGAGGCGGACUACGAGCCCGUCUUCUCGGUGUACUACGACGCCAUGCGCAUGGAGCGCGCCCCCGGGCGGCCCCCGGGGCGCUACUGGAUCUGGGUGCCGUUGAACCAGCGCUGCGACGUCACCCCCUCCACCCCCCUCCCCCCGCGCCUCCACCGUCCGCGCGUUACCCGACGCUAUGGCACACGUCGUCCCUGCGGGGACACGGAGAAUCUGCCCCUCCCGGGGAUCCUCCAGGGGCUCCUCCAGGGCGGGGGGCCGCCCCCGAAUCAUCCCCCCGGGAAGAACGGUUUCCAUAAACGCGGGGGUCCCAAGUUCCCCACUAUCGGGGGGAAGAAGGUCGAUGGGGUCUUCAGGUUAAUCAUCCCCGUAGUCUUCGCGCCGUCCACCGGCGAGUACAUCAUCCCGCCCGACACCCCGUUGUCCUGCUUCGCCGACGUGGAAUGGUGGAUCAUCGAGUUCCUGCAGCGCUUCACCAUCUGCGCCGACCGCGACGACCGCAUCACCUUCCGCCCGCGCGCCGCCCACGACCCGCCUGACCACGCCCCGCCCGUGGACAAGCGGGUGGUGGCGCUCAAGGUGCAGCCCUUCCGCACCCCCGACGAGGCGCGCGCCUACUUCAACGUCUUCGCCCCCGAGGCCAUGCCGGUGGCCUGGAUGGAGGGCUUCCUGGGCGGGGUGGAGGAGCUGAUGCGGCGGGGGGAGUGGAAGAGCAGCGAGGGGAUGGGAGGACGGCUGGUCAAUGGGAAACGACCACGGGUCCAUAAGGAGGGGGACGGGGAGGAGGCCGGGGAGAUGAGCCGGAUUCUGAAGAUGGUGAUCGAUGCGCGGGCCACCGUGGGGUUGCCGGUGCCGCAGCUGACGGCCACGUUGUGGGAUUGGGCUGGACGGGUGUACACCGAGCAGGAGGACCAGGGAAAGAAAUUCGUCCUGCUGGUGUGCCUGUUGCGCCUCUGCCGGGCCAACACCGGCCUGACGGAGCCCACCCGCGAUACCCCCUUAUUGAACGCGGUGCGGGCCCGUGACUACGCCAGCAUGGAGCUGCUGAUGGAACACGGCGCGGAGCCGCUGAAUCGCGACGCGGACAUGAAGACCGCUCUGCACGUGGCGGCGCGCGGCGGCGAUCUGCGGGCGUUGAGUCUCCUCUUAGAAAAAUACCCGCGGGUGCACGUGGACCCCCUGGACCAGAAUAUGCGCACACCGUUGAUGGAGUCCGCGGAGAAGUUGUCGCGGGAGACGCUGCGGCUGCUGCUGGAGUACGGCGCCAAUCCCUCUGCGCGCGACCAGAUGAACGAGACCGUCCUGCACAAGUUGGUGCGCGGGGGGUUUGACGAGGAGAUGGCGCUGGAUCUGCUGGAGGCGGGCACACCGGCCACCCCGCUGAACACCAAGAAGGACGCGCCCAGCGACCUGGCGGCCAGCAUCCCGCUGCCCUACAAACUGCCCUCCCCCGUCAAGAAGACCACCACCGUCACCCUCAUGCCCGUCCACCCCAACCUCACCUUCGGCACCGCCAAACAGCGCACUUCGCAGGGCACCAUCCAGCUGAACAUCACGGACGUGGAGCGGCGUCCGUCCUUCGACUACCAGUUCGGCCUGUCCAUCCACGCCGACAGCGAGCCCUUCAUCGAGCUGGCGCCGGCGCGGCAGGACAAGUGGCCGGUGCUGUACUGCAAGUGCGCCGGCGGCGUCUGCAACGUGCGCACCUGCGUCUGCAUCAAGAUCGCCAACCGCGGCUCAGCGGUGUUCGACGCCCGGGGCCGGCUGCUGGCCAGCCACCCCGAGGGCCGGCCCAUCCUCCAGUGCCCGGCCAUGUGCCGUUGCGGGGCGGAGUGUCCGCUAAAGACGCUCCACGACGCCGUGGCCCCGCCCAUGGAGAUUUAUUACGAUAAGGUCAAGGGGCUCUGGCUGGCCAAAUCGAAGGUGGAGUUGGAGCGCGGCGCCUUCGUCAGCUUCCUGGGCGGGGAGCUGGUGCACGCGCGCUUCGUGAAGAAGGACAAGGCGCACCGCUACAUGCUGUUCUCGCGCGGCCUCCUCGUGGACAUUUCGCGGCGCGCCAACGCCUCCCGCUUCUUCGCCGACAGCCAACGCCCCAACCUCACCAUCCGCGUCGUCAAGGAGUUCGACUGCCGCAAACCCCCGCAGGUGGCGUUCUUCGCCGCCGAGUGGAUCGGUAAAGAUGAGCCGUUAACGUACGACAAAACCACCUUUUUCGACGGGAUCACGCGGGCACUGCGCGAAUACUGCUUCAAGGAUUUCAGAUGCGAGGAGAACGACGGACUGUGCUGAGUGGUCUUCCGCAGCUGCAAUAAUUUAUUUAUUCAUUGUUUUAUUGUUUAAAAAAAUGUUUGUUAGUUGUUUUUAUUGUUUCAAUGGGUGUCGCGGGGCGUUUUGCUCAUUCAGGUUUGCAGCAAAGUUUUGUGAUCGUGGCUGGUUGUUGUUUUUGGACAUUUUUUCCCAGGGGCGGGGCUACUCGGUUUCUCCAUGUUUUACCGCGUUUUUUUAUCGGUUUGAACUUUUUGUACGUUCUUUUAACUGUUUACUGUACAGACGCAUUGUGGCAGGUUUACAACUGAGCAGGGAAAUUUUCUCAGAAAGAAAU